CGGAGGCAGGCGGCCGGCCGGGGAGGCACGGUCCGGGCUGCUGCGUUCCGGCCUGGCCAUGGCAGCGGCGCCCCUGAAAGUGUGCAUCGUGGGCUCGGGGAACUGGGGUUCAGCUGUUGCAAAAAUAAUUGGUAAUAAUGUCAAGAAACUUCAAAAGUUUGCCUCCACGGUCAAGAUGUGGGUCUUUGAAGAAACGGUUAAUGGGAGAAAACUGACAGACAUCAUAAAUAAUGACCACGAAAAUGUGAAAUAUCUUCCUGGACACAAGCUGCCAGAAAAUGUGGUUGCCGUCUCAAACCUCAGUGAAGCCGUGCAGGACGCAGACUUGCUGGUGUUUGUCAUUCCCCACCAGUUCAUUCACAGAAUCUGCGACGAGAUCACUGGGAGAGUGCCCAAGAAAGCACUGGGAAUCACCCUCAUCAAGGGCAUAGACAAGGGCCCUGAGGGGCUGAAACUCAUUUCCGACAUCAUCCGAGAGAAGAUGGGCAUUGACAUCAGUGUGCUGAUGGGAGCCAACAUUGCCAGUGAGGUGGCUGCGGGGAAGUUCUGUGAGACCACCAUCGGCAGCAAAGUAAUGGAGAAUGGCCUUCUCUUCAAAGAACUGCUUCAGACUCCCAAUUUUCGAAUAACUGUGGUUGACGAUGCAGACACGGUUGAACUUUGUGGUGCUCUUAAGAACAUUGUAGGUGUGGGAGCUGGGUUCUGCGAUGGACUUCGCUGUGGAGACAACACCAAAGCUGCCGUCAUCCGCCUGGGGCUCAUGGAAAUGAUCGCCUUCGCCAAGAUCUUCUGCAAGGGCCAGGUGUCCACAGCCACCUUCCUGGAGAGCUGUGGCGUGGCCGACCUCAUCACCACCUGCUACGGAGGCCGGAACCGCAGGGUGGCUGAGGCGUUUGCCAAUACUGGAAAGACCAUUGAAGAAUUGGAGAAGGAGAUGCUGAAUGGGCAGAAGCUCCAAGGACCACAGACUUCUGCUGAAGUGUACCGCAUCCUCAAACAGAAGGGGCUGGUGGACAAGUUUCCAUUGUUUACUGCAGUGUACCAGAUCUGCUAUGAAGGCAAACCCAUUCAAGAGAUGUUGUCGUGUCUCCAGAGCCAUCCAGAGCAUAGAUAAAGAGAAGCACGCAACAUGUCGGGGAAGGUUCUGCUUUUCCUAUCAGUCUUUUGGGUUCAAAUGGAAACCAGGACUUCGCAACAAGAUGUUUGCUUGACUGUAAUCCCAUCAUGGAUAUGUACAAAUUUUUACAGGUUCGUUUUUGAAUUGUGAGAAGCAGUUCAUUGGCUAAAAUGUACUGGUCAACACCUAGACACACCUGUGAACGUGUGAGUGCGUGUUCAUUUCUCAUUCUGUGGAUGUUUCUAUGAACCAAAAUUAAAGGUCCAUUUUAAAAAUUA